UUGGAGCCGCAGCCUCCUUGCGCCGGGUCCCGCGGUCGCAGCUCGUGCCGCCUUCUGCUCGUCCUCGCCCGAGCAGCUUGCUUCGUGGGUCGGCCCUCCGACACACGAGCUCCAAGCCACCCCUCUCUCUCUCUCUCUCCCUAAAAGCCCUUCAAGGCGGUCUUCGGUUUCCUUCUUUGCAGCCGAUCCGCUCCAGCCUUGCGAAGAUGGUGGACCGCGAGCAACUGGUGCAGAAAGCCCGGCUGGCCGAGCAGGCGGAGCGCUACGACGAUAUGGCCGCGGCCAUGAAGAACGUGACAGAGCUGAACGAACCGCUGUCCAAUGAGGAACGGAACCUCCUGUCUGUGGCCUACAAGAACGUGGUCGGGGCUCGCCGCUCCUCCUGGAGGGUCAUCAGCAGCAUCGAGCAGAAGACCUCUGUGGACGGCAACGAGAAGAAGAUCGAGAUGGUCCGAGCCUACCGGGAGAAGAUCGAGAAGGAGCUGGAGGCCGUGUGCCAGGACGUGCUGAGCCUGCUGGACAACUACCUGAUCAAGAAUUGCAGUGAGACCCAGUACGAGAGCAAAGUCUUCUACCUGAAGAUGAAAGGGGACUAUUACCGCUACCUGGCCGAAGUGGCCACCGGGGAGAAAAGGGCCACCGUGGUGGAGUCGUCCGAGAAGGCCUACAGCGAAGCCCACGAGAUCAGCAAGGAGCACAUGCAGCCCACCCACCCCAUCCGGCUGGGCCUGGCGCUUAACUACUCCGUUUUCUACUAUGAGAUCCAGAACGCCCCGGAGCAAGCCUGCCACCUGGCCAAGACCGCCUUCGAUGACGCCAUCGCCGAGCUCGACACUCUGAACGAGGACUCCUACAAGGACUCCACGCUGAUCAUGCAGCUGCUCCGAGACAACCUAACGCUCUGGACGAGCGACCAGCAGGACGACGAGGGCGGCGAAGGCAACAAUUAGGGCCCCGGGGGACUGGCCGCGCACGCCGAUGCUACUACUGCAGUCUUUAUUUUUUUCCCAUGAGUUGGGGGUCGGGUGGGGGAGGGGAAAGGGAGGGCUGACCUUCCCAGGGAGAAACCCACGACUGUCCUGUCUUUGAUCGCCUCUUUGACAUUUUUGCCAAAACACCACUAGUGGAUAUCAGGCUUGCUGUGCUGGUGCCGGAGUAGCGGGCCUCACGCAGGCGCCGCCGGGACUGUCGUGCAGGCUCGUGCGUGCGCGUGGGGCCGUCUGCCUUUAGUUUAACUUAUUGCUAGACGGUAGGGUUUAAAGAUGAGAAGGAGAUCCGGAGAUGAUGGCCCUCGUUCAGUGCGUUCUGUGGUUCCAGUAAGGACUCUCCUGUCCGUACGCUCUCGUCCUCAGUUCUGUGGCUGGUUUCUCCCUGUGUGGCUGUGCUGGGUUUUUUCUUUUCUUUUCUUUUCUUUUCCUUCUCCUUCCCCCAGGGUGAUCUCUGCCAGAGAAGGCCUAGUGUCAGUUACCCGAGUGGACAGGCUUAGAGUGGAAGACACAUCCUUGGUCGCUGGCUCAGGCCUGGCCCUGGGUUCGCAAUCUCGGACGGGUUGACAGUAUUAACACUAAAUUCUAGUUUACAGUCUCUCCAUGACAGCCAUACAUGACAUCAAGCCAUUGGUCCUGAGUUUUCCCUUAUCAGCUCAGCUUUGCAUCCGUAUCCCGCUGUAUCCAGGUUGGUCUGGCUGUUCUUCAGCUCUCCUGGUUGAGAAUCAGAACUUUCUUUUAGGUUUUGGUUAAUGGGUGCUUGACAGGUGGCUGGCCGUGGGAUACUUUUUUUUUUUAAAGUUCUUCUUUACUCUUUAAGCCCAUCACAAAAAUAGAAACUGUUAAGCACCACACACACAGAAAACGGAGAAAAUUCAGGUCUGUAUGUCGUUUCUCAUGUUGGUAUUUUCAGAGCCUCCUGCUCCCCAGCAGCCGGGCUCCCUCCUCAGUCACUGCCGGUGGAAUAUUUCUCAGCUGAGUCUCCCCAGCACCUCGUGCUGGCAGCGUGCGGGUGUCUGGAGGCCAUUGGAUUGGAUUGUAGAGGUGGGUGGUCGUCGAGAAAGUAGAGCAUCGGGUGUGAGCAGCUGAGCCAACAGCAACCCACUAGGAGGAGGCAGCUCCCCUCAAGCCUGUCCAGUGUGGGAGCCUGGUCCCAAGUCAGCUGUCCUUGUCACCCGCUCACGGCCCAGCUCCUUUCCCAAGUGCUUCGAGAGGGUAACUGAUGUUUGGCAGGAGGCAGUGCCCACCGCCCGUUUGGCCCAAGCAUUCCUGUUCUUUCCUUCUGAAUGAAAGCGUAGAUGCUGGAGAUUGGCUUCUCGAUGAGGUCACCACACGUGACGCUGAAGGAAGCUGUGCUGCUAUGUCCCACAUGGUCCGUCUCACUUAGCCCCGGGUCCCUCGUUCUCACUGUGGAUAACUCUAUCCAUAAGCAUGCCUUGUUGCAUGCGGAGUGUACAGUUUCUGUCUUCUAGAGGAUCCAUGGUCGGGUGGAUUCCCAAGAUGGGUCACACCCAAACUUGCUUUCCUCGUGUUCAAAGACCUGGCCAGCCACCUUCUCUCACCAAAACCGAGCUCCCACUUAAGUGAGUCCUGACAGGAUGCUGAUAGUAUGGCUGUAGAGUGACUGCCCUCUCUCUGCACAGUCCCAGCAUGCCUUUCCUCAGAGGCCCCUCAUGCUAGUGUGUAAGGACCCACUAACCGAGGCCCACGGAAGAACCGCUCUUGCGAGCGGAGGAAGCUUGGCCACCAGAGCCAUGGCCAGAGGGGUCGGUGGGGCUUCGCUUAGCUUGUCUCUGUGUCCGCAGUGAGCAUGUCCUUGUCCCGCUUGUACUGUUCGGAAAUGACCUACUGGAAUUGCAAAACCUAGUUUCUCUUUAAAUUUCAGCCUUGACCCUGGCUGUGUUCUAGAAAAAUCAUGUGAGAGGGUAGAACUGAAGAGGGGAGAGCUGAUGUGUGAGCUUGGUUGGUUUCUUCUCCUUUCCUUUCCUGGUGAGAAGCGCACCUGCCUAGGACGCUGCCUCCAGUACCACGGUUGCUCCUCCAUCCUAUUGAUACAGUAUUGUGCAUGCUGGUGUUGUAUUUCUAUACGGUAGCUUGACAUUUAUUAACUUAUACUGUAGGUGUUAUGUAUCCCUAUGACAAAAACAAAAAAAGAAAAAAAACUAAGACUUCAAAAUUUUUUAAACUUUUUUUUUUUAAUUUAAUUUUUUUUUUCCUUUCAGGGGUAAAGUUUGCUUUACCAAAUAGUGAUUGUAACAAAUUGAUCUGUUUUGGAUGUUGCUAUAGUGACAUGCAGUUCUAUAUUUUGUUUUUCAGGGGGGAGGGGACAAAAGAAACACCAGUGUUAGCUUACUCUUAAUGUCUGGUGUUUGUCACGGUGAAAUUAAUAACUAUAACAGUGUAGGAGAACGCCGCGGACGUUCUCUGAAUGCGCCUCUGUGCUUCCUCGUCAUGUUAUGCAGUGAGCUAUUUUUAAGGUCUAAUCAAGUGAUUUUUUUCCCCCCAACUCCGUGUUUCGCUAAGGAAUUAUUUCGCACACGGACCAUUGUUAGCAGUUUUCCUCAGUGAUGGAAUAUUCAUGAAUGUGAGUCAUUAUGUAGCCGUCGUACAUUGAGCAAAAUAAACGUACAGAUCUGA